CGUUUUCAUGUCCGUGUCACCGGAAGAAGGCCAGUUUUUUCCUUGUGUCUGGUGUGUGAGGCCGGCCACCAUCAACCACUCCUAGAGCUGUCAGUCGAGCUGCAGAGUUGAAGAAAUAUCUGAGAGGAUCAUGUCGUCCAAUAAUGGAACGUCCAUGAGGCAGUCUCCAGUCCCUUGUGAUGGAGACGACAGCUGGACGUCUGGAAUACCCUAUCUCCUGUUCCCCGAUGACCCCAACCGACCCCCGAGCCCCAUCACCAACACUCGAGACAACAACAUCCGACUAUACAUUCACUUUGGCCUCAUUGUGUUUGGAUUUCUCGUGGCGGUUGCCUAUUUUGUGGGGCAACUCUUUCAGCCCAUUCCGUACGGGAGACACACCAGUGGGAGUGGGCGUCUCCCCGUUCCCGUGAGGAUCGCGAAAAUGGUGGUGGCCCUCGUCCCAAACAUCGUGUUUUUCAUCCUCUCUUAUUUCCUCGCCGGGCAACACUUUAACCAGGCGCCCAACAUCGUGUUCUUUUGUCUGUACGUGAUCCACUACCUGGAGCGAGGGAUCGUCAACCCGCUUGUCUCUCGCUACAGCAACACCAAGAUUCGACUCUGGAUCCCCCUCUCGUGGUUCCUAACGGGGCUCCUCAUCUCUUAUAUCAACGCCGAGUUUAUCGGCUCGGCCGAAUAUUGCAACAACUAUCUCUACGACCCUCGUUUUCUCAUCGGACUGGUGUUAUUUAUCGUUGGGUUUGCACUCAAUCGAGUCGCCGACUACCAACUGGUGUGUCUGCGCGAGUCGAGAACGGACACAAAGCACGCGAUCCCGAAAGGUCCGCUCUACUUCCUCAUCUCGUGCCCCAACUAUUUCGGGGAGGGGCUGCAGUGGUUUGGGUGGGCCGUCAUGACUUGGUCGCUCGCCGGACUAGUCCUGUGGCUGGUCAGUGAGGCCACCUUCGUUCCCCGGUCCCGACAGAAUCACAAGUGGCUCAGAAACCAGUUUCUCGACUAUCCAUCUCUUAGGAGAGGCCUCAUUCCAUUCAUAUUCUGAAUUCCUGAGCCUUUGGUCAUAUCCUCUUUGUUUAGUGCAUAAUUCAAGGUUAUCUAGUUCUUUGUCAUUUGUUGUAGUGCACUCCAUGACCCCCAAUAGGGUGUGUAAUUAUGAUAGUCACCUUCA